AUGCCUAGGAGAACCAGUAUCAACUAUCUUAAGAGAGAUAGUGAGAGUACCGUUACAUUCCACAAGCAGCGUAAUGGACUAUUCAAAACCGCAGCUGAACUAUCCAUCCUCACUGGCGCAAAAAUUGCUGUUGCACUAGAGUGUGAAAGUGGAAAAGUGUUCGCUUUCGGCACUCCAUCUGCAGAUCCCAUUAUUGAUUCUUUCCUUUCAGGGAAUACACCGGAAGAUCCAAUCCCUAAUGAUGAGGCACAAAAGGCCAAAAUCAUUUCUCUACAAAAUGAGCUAAUCCAGCUAAAGAACCUGAAGGAUGUGCAGGAUAGGAGGAUGUGGGAGUCUAUGGCACGUUCCAAGGAGAUUCAAGAAAGCUCAAAGGUGGCUAAGCUUAUCUAUGGAAAUAUAGAUGACCUUAGUGUCGAGAAGCUCAAUGAGCUGUUACGCGGGCUCUCACGUGUUUAUCAAGAAAUCUAA